AUGGUCCGAAAUGAGGACCAGAUACAGGCAGAGAGGACGGGACAGGAGAGAGGAGAAGAGCAGCGUCUGGCUCUGGAGCUGUACAUGCUGGAGCUCACGCUGGAAAAAGCAACGCCGCACAUUUACUGCUCACACACCUCCCACAGCGUUUCGGCCAGCUAUUCUUCCAGUGACAGCCACGGAUUAAAUCAUGACUACGUGUUUGUAACCCCGGUGAAGGUGAACUCUGAGGGAGGAUACCUGACCCAUGAUGUGACCAAGCGAAGCCACCGCAGCAGGAGGUCCCUGUCCUCUUCUCUGCACUACCGGCUCUCUGCCUUUGGACAGGACAUGCACCUGGACCUGCAUUCGUCCUCUGUGAUUGGCCCAGGGUUCACCGUGCAGACGCUCAGCUCAGAUGGCAUCGCCACGGUGAUGGAUGAUGCGGGGUUCCACAACUGCCUGUAUCAGGGAUUUGUCCGUAACCUGUCAGCAUCCUCUGCAGCCAUAUCAACGUGCUCUGGACUGUCAGGUUUGAUCCGUGUGUCUCAGGAGGAGUAUUUGAUUGCCCCGCUACCCCAACAUCUGGCUAAACAGCACAACUACAGCGUCCCCAGUGGUCACCACCCACAUGUUGUCUACAAACGCUCAGCAGAACACGUUGUCCACAGAAGAUCUACCAGUUCUUCCAGACCUGACGAUCCGUACCGUCAUCAUCAUCAUCAGCAUCAUCAUCACCAUGACUACCAGCAUGGAAAGCUACAGAGGCAACACUUCUGCGGACACCGCAAGCAAUACGCUCCCAAGCCUCCCGCUGAGGACCGUUUCAUCAUGCCCGAUGAGUUUGCGAUGCCCGGGGUGGAAGGACCAGGAAGGGCAAAGAGAUCGCCCAUCAACUCCAACAGGGUGGGUGGUCUGAAUGUGGAGACCCUGGUGGUGGCAGACAGGAAGAUGCUGGAAAAACACGGCAGGGACAACGUCACGACCUACGUCCUCACCGUCAUGAACAUGGUUUCCAGUCUUUUCAAAGAUGGCACCAUUGGGACCGACAUCAACAUUGUGGUGGUUAGCUUGUUACUACUAGAACAAGACCCGCUGGGCUUGACCAUAAAUCACCAUGCUGACCAGUCCCUCAACAGUUUCUGUCAGUGGCAGUCAGGCUUGGUGGGGAAAGGCGGCAAACGUCAUGAUCAUGCUGUUCUCCUCACCGGACUGGACAUCUGUUCCUGGAAGAACGAGCCCUGUGACACCCUGGGUUUUGCCCCCAUCAGUGGCAUGUGCAGUAAGUACAGGAGUUGUACCAUCAAUGAAGACACGGGACUGGGCUUGGCUUUCACCAUCGCUCACGAGUCUGGACACAAUUUUGGGAUGAUCCACGAUGGGGAGGGCAACCCUUGUCGCAAGACCGAAGGCAACAUUAUGUCUCCCACUCUGGCUGGAAACAACGGGGUCUUCUCCUGGUCCACCUGCAGCCGACAGUACCUCAGCCGCUUCCUUGGAACAGCCCAGGCAUCCUGUCUGGUGGACGAGCCCAGGCAGAUCGGUCAGUACAAGUAUCCUGAACAGCUCCCGGGCCAGUUGUACGAUGCUGACACGCAGUGCAAGUGGCAGUUUGGCUCAAAGGCAAAACUAUGCAGCCUUGAUUUUGUCAAGGACAUCUGUAAGUCGCUGUGGUGUCAUCGCACAGGACACCGAUGUGAGACCAAGUUCAUGCCCGCUGCAGAAGGAACCAGCUGUGGUCCAGACAUGUGGUGUCGGCGAGGCCAGUGUGUUAAAUAUGGGGAGCAUGGUCCCAGGGCGGUCCAUGGCCAGUGGUCAGCCUGGUCCCAGUGGUCCGACUGCUCCAGGACCUGUGGAGGAGGGGUCAUGUACAGGGAGCGCUCCUGCUCCAGCCCAAGGCCACAGAACAAUGGUAAAUUUUGCUCGGGCUCCAGUCGGCUCAACCAGCUGUGUAACACUCGGCCAUGCCCUCUCAACGCCGUGGACUUCAGGGCCCAACAGUGCGCUGAGUACAACAGCAAGCCCUUCAGGGGCUGGUACUACAAGUGGAAGCCCUACACACAAGUGGAUGAUGAAGACAUCUGUAAGCUGUACUGCAUUGCAGAGGACUUUGACUUCUUCUUCGCCAUGUCCAGCAAGGUCAAAGACGGCACCUCCUGCUCUGAUCACAGGGGAGAUGUCUGCAUUGACGGAGUUUGUGAGGCAGUGGGCUGCGACAAGAUUCUGGGUUCCAAAGUCUCUCUGGACGCCUGCGGAGUCUGUAAAGGAAACAACUCCACUUGCAAGUUCUUCAAGGGCCAAUACGGCCUUCAACACAGGGCCAAUGAGUAUUACUCUAUGGUAACGGUCCCAGCAGGGGCACGAAGCAUUCGUGUUCAGGAAGUGGAGGUCUCCACCAGCUACCUGGCCGUCCGCUCCCUGAAGAGGAAGUACUACCUGACCGGGGACUGGACAGUGGACUGGCCGGGAAAGUUCCACUUUGGUGGAACCGUGUUCGACUACCAGCGCUCUUUCAACAAGCCGGAGAGCCUGUAUGCCGCUGGACCUACUAAUGAGACGCUAGUGUUUGAAAUCCUCCUGCAGGGAAAGAACCCGGGUGUGGUGUGGGAGUACACCCUGCCUCGCACUGAGAGGAAACCUGACUACAGCUGGGGUGUGGUGCGCUCGGACUGCUCCGCUCCCUGUGCUGGAGGUCGUAUCUCGACCAAGGCUAUCUGUUUGCAGGACCAGAAGGUUCAGGUCAACUCCACCAUGUGUAAUCCCCUCACCAGACCGACGCUGGGCUCCCAUCUCUGCAACACACAGCCCUGCCCUGCAUACUGGGCAACAGGCGACUGGGGGCCUUGCAGUCGCUCGUGCGGAGGAGGCCAGCAGACGAGGACACUGCGCUGCCUGAGGAAGGUUACCUACCAGAGGGAAGAGGUGGUGGCACACUCCCUCUGCCCUGUCAUUUCUCCAGCCCAACUCCAGCCCUGCCACACCCAGGCCUGCCCACCAGAGUGGAGCACCGGAUCUUGGUCACAGUGCUCUAAGACCUGUGGCCGCGGACUGAGGAAGCGGAGUGUGUUUUGCAGUAGCACUGAUCCUGGGGCCAAAGCGGUGGUGGUGCCCGACAGCAUGUGCAGACAGCACCACAGACCCAAAGCCCAAGAGACCUGCGUCCUGCGGCGUUGCCCAAAAAACGAGAGGCUGCAGUGGAUCCCCACUCCCUGGGGAGAGUGCUCCAGGUCUUGUGGCACAGGCAUCCAAAAGAGAGAGCUUCGCUGCGGGGAGAGAGACUCGCAGGGAGGGUAUGUGGAGUUCCCCACACGGAGGUGCAGGAAUAUGGCCAAACCUUUGGUGGAUCUCCAGCAGGGCUGCAACCGAGGUCCGUGCCCAGAGCUCCCUCGGGUCGUCGCUGGCAGAACAACCUCCAACGCUGUGGUCUUAGGCUGGUACUCCUCUCCCUGGCAGCAGUGCUCUGUAUCCUGUGGCGGAGGGGUUCAAACUCGGUCCAUCCAGUGUCUGCGGCAAGGUCGUCCCGCAGCUGGCUGCCUGCCCCACCAGAGGCCUGUCACUUCUAGGGCGUGCAACACACACUUCUGCCCCGCCGCUCCCCCGGCUCCGGCACAACGCCCUGAUGAACACUGUGUGGAUCAUUUCAGCUGGUGCCACUUGGUCCCCCAGCACGGCGUCUGUAACCACAAGUUCUAUGGACAGCAGUGCUGCAAGUCCUGCUCCAGCAAGAGGCCGUAG